GGGAGCUGAUGUUGCUAGAAGACUUCAUUUUUUAGUACAUGAAGAUGACAAAGAUUGCACUGCCGCUAAAAAGAUGGCAGAAACUGCAGUGAAGCCAUUAAGAGAUAUGUCACUGUCAGAUGCUAAAGAAAAGUUCAUUCCACUUCAAGGGAAUUUAUGGCACAACUGGUGUAAAAAAAAAUAAAGAAACCAAUCACCUGCUGGCAAAUGAAAAUCGAACCAUUGAGCAACAAAGAGGUGACAUUGAAAUGGAAAAAAAUCGUCUUCGAAAAGAACAGUAUGAGAGAGCUUUUCCACUAAAUAAUGUCAUGAGGGAAUUUAUUAAGAAUCUCAACUCUCAAUCCACAAUAAGACAAAAGUUCUUCCUGGCAUGGUUAGGACAAAUUCUGAAUGAUCUAACAUCAAGAAAGCUUCAAACACUCAAUGAAAAGCAUUCUGAAUUGUGUGCAAAAAUGGAAGAGCAAAAGCAAAAGAGGCAAAAUACAGACAUCAUCAAAAAAGAAAUUGAGGUAUCUUCAGGUAGACUUGCGGCUUCCACUUUGGGUCUGGAACAUCUCCUUCGAGAAGUUGGUCAGAUCUAUGAGACGUUGGCAUCCCAACAUAUGAAAAAUGAAAUGUUUCUGUCUCUACCACAACUUGCUGCUGACCUCAUGAUUUCUGGGCAUCCUAUUGAACUGAUGGACGGAGACGCUUCUCAUGUUGCUAUUACCUGGGUGAGUUCAGUCCUUGAACAGGUUAUUGCUAAGCUGGGAGACAAAAGAGUUUUUGUUUUUUCCAUUUUAGGAAUUCAGAGCACUGGGAAGUCAACUUUGCUGAAUGCCAUGUUUGGUCUUCAGUUUGCUGUGAGUGCCGGUCGUUGCACCAGAGGAGCCUUCAUGCAGCUACUUAAAGUCAAGGAUGAAAAUAAUGAACUCAACUUUGACUACGUGCUUGUGGUCGACACAGAAGGACUUAAAGCUUUAGAGCUUGGAGACAAAGCUACUCUGAAACAUGACAAUGAGCUUGCAACAUUCGUAAUUGGCAUUGGCAAGCUGACUCUGAUCAAUAUAUUUGGGGAGAACCCUGCUGACAUGCAGGAUAUUCUUCAAAUCUCAGUGCAGGCCUUUAUGAGGAUGAAAAAAGUAAAACUGUCUCCAAGCUGCAUUUUUGUUCAUCAGAAUGUUGGAGAAAUAACAGCAGGAGAAAAGAAUAUGGAAGGAAGAAGGCGGCUGCUGGAGAGGCUGGAUUUCAUGACGCAAACUGCAGCAAAACAGGAGAUGUGCGACAUCUCACGAUUUACAGAGGUCAUCAAUUUUGACAUCAACAGGCACGUCCACUAUUUCAGUCACCUUUGGGAAGGAAAUCCUCCAAUGGCCCCGCCAAACCCAAGAUACAGUGAAAAUAUUCAGAAAUUGAAGCAAUCUCUGUUUUCUGAAGAAAUGCAAGAGGGGAUUAUAAAGAUUUCGGAAUUUAAAACCCGUAUGGAGGACCUCUGGUCUGCUGUUCUGGAUGAGGACUUUGUCUUCAGUUUCAAGAAUACACUGGAGAUUGCAGCGUAUAGGAAGGUGGAGGAGAAGUACGCAGACUGGAGCUGGCGGCUGAGGAGCUGCAUGUUAGAGAUUGAGAAUGAGCUUCGCAACAGCAUUGAAAAUGAAACACUGCAAAACACGGGAGAUUUCAAGUUGGACGAAAAAAUUCAGGCGAAAUAUAAAGCAAUUACAAAAGAGAUGAAUGAGUACUUCGCUAAAGAAAAAGAUAAAGACUUAAUAAUUCAGUGGAAAGCAAAAACUGAACUUAGCUUAAAGGCGCUUAGAUCAGAGCUUGUCAAAGGGACUGAAAGGAAAUUAACUGAUUUCAUUAAAAUGAAGCAGGGUCUGAAAAAAGUAGAAGAGCAGAAAGGAACGUACGAGUCGGAGCUGAUGAAGAAGAGCCAGGAUUUGGCACGAGACCUUAAAGGUAAAAAUUUGACAUUACGAGAACUAGAAAAUGCCUUUCAGAAGAUGUGGACUCAGUGGGUGACUCGAGUGAAAUCAGAGAUGCCCGAUGUUCAGCCACCCAACAUAGAAGCCCAUGCUGAUGCAGUUUUGUUGGAAAACUUUGAAAGGAAACUAAUUGACUCCUGCAAACGGAGCAACUCUUACACCAGAAUCCUUUACAUUGAUGAUUUUUCUGCAUAUUUACAAAUGAACAAAGGAUAUCUGCAUAAACACACCAUAAACCAGCAGGACCAGCUCUGUAUGAGAAACCUCACCAGCAGCAUAAUACAGGACAUUAAUGACCGCAUUAAAGAAAAGGAGGCAGCCAGAGUCGAUUACAAUAAAAGCUUUAUGUAUGAAGUCGUCAACACAAUUUUAAAAGCAGUAAAAAACUGUAAGUGUAACCAAAAUAGGUUUAAAAUUAAGAAGGAAUACAAAAUUGACUUAGCGUUGCAUUUAAGAGGUGAUGUCAUACGGCGAUUUCAAGAGAUGAACCAUGUAUUUCAGAAGGUUAACAAUCCUCUGGAAUAUGUAGAAAAUAAAAAAGAAGAUUACUUUGGGUGUUUUCAGAUUAACUGCAGCGGGGCGAGUGCAGCUACUGUGCUAGCAGACCGUGUCACUCGAGAACUAAAAAAAGCCAUCCGUCAGGAAGUCUACAAUAAAAGUUCUGCACUUAUAGCUACAGAAAUACGAUGUGGUGACCAAGCGUUAAAUGGAAAUAAAUCCAAGCUUGAGAAUCACAUCUUACUGUCUCUUUUAGAAAAUCUAAAUUUCAGAAAAUGUGAGCAGUACAUUGAUCACCCAAAGGCAUAUUAUGAGGUGUUUGUUAAAGAACGAGAGGAGGCCUAUUUUUCAAGCCGAAAUCCUAGAAUUUUUCAUAUAUGCACAGAAAAACUUGAAAACAUCAAGAGCAGCGUUUCUUUGGCCAUUUCUAAAUCGACUGCUUAUUUUGGAAAUACUUGUACAAAAGCAACUGCCUGGAUAGAAAGGUUUUGCAAAGAACUUAAAAAUGAAAUUGUUUUCUCUAUUAAUAAUGUACGAGGCUUUGAAGAUCAGGAUAUUCAGAACAUGAGUUUCUUUAAAGAAAGCAUCAAUGACUUACUGAAUAGUGCAUAUUUAGAAUUAAAGGAAGAGUUUAGUGGCAAAAACCCUCUCGAUAGAAAGCUGUUUAGGUCUCAGCCUCAUGAAGAAUUGUUCAGACAGUGCUGUGGUUGUUGUAAAAAGUGUCCUUUGUGUUCUGCCAUGUGUAUAAACACAAUGCCAACCCAUGAAGGUGACGAUCACUGUGCUCAGUUCCAUCGGCCCCAGACAAUUUGUGGUAUGAAAUGGUACAAAACUGACAGACUUGUGACUGAUAUUUGCUCGAGUGUUGUCGCCAGUGACUGUCUUCUAGUGCUUUCAGAAGACAACAAAAUUCCUUUCAGAGAUUAUCGGCAGGCAGGUCCCGAGUACACCUGUUGGUCCAUCACACCAGAUAAGUCAUUGCAGCCAUUCUGGAAGUGGUUUGUAUGUCACUUUAAAGAAGACUUGGAGAAGAAAUACAAUGGGCGCUUAACUGACAUCCCUGAUCAUUGGAAAACCAUUACUAAGGAGAAUGUUAUUGAAGCACUGAAGAAAUAG